UCACACAUUUUGGGGGGUAAUCAUUUUGUUGCGCUUGCUGUUUUGUGCAUUAAGAAAACAUCACGAUAAGUUUAUAGUGUUGGCUCGAAUAACAUCGCAGAUGCUAAAUCCAAAUUUCGAAAUUAGAUGUUUUUAAGCAGUUCUGCAAUGGAUUCUUUGCAAAAAAGUGUGGCCGUGAGUGUGCUGUGUAAACUGGGACACGCGCUCUUGUUUCCAUAGAAACGGACAGGACGCGCUGAUACUGCUGUGCCGCGCGCCGCUCUGAUCAUUCAGCAAGACUUGACAAAAACCGCAAGAUGCCAUUUUAUGACAACGUUUACUACCCAUACCCAUCAGAUCCUCCGGGAACUCAUUCCUCAGCAGGGAUCCCAUCCCUCCUGAGCUCUCCGCAGAGUCAGCCCUCCUCAGGCAGCCAGAACAGACCAGCAGCCACAUCCGCCAUGUCCGGACACCUUACCUCAUCUGGAGUUGCUACAUCCACCAGCAUCCCCCCACCCUUCAAAUUCCGAGCCCGCUGUGAAAAUGUUGACUGGCGGCGGAUCAAUGCCGUGGAUGUGGACCGGGUGGCAAGUGAAUUGGACUUCCACACUUUACAGGAACACGUCACGGCGGUGACAUUCUGCAACUUGGAGGUUGAACGCUGCCACCGCUGUCAGAGUCCCGUGGAUCUGGCCCUGAUUAAGCUCUUCCGGCUGGCCCAGCUCACGGUGGAAUACCUGCUCCACUCUCAGGACUGCCUCAGCAUGAGCCUGCAGGCUGCUGAGGAGAGGCUGCUGGCAGAGAGACAGGAGAGGGAGCAGCUCUGCGUCCAGCUGCAGAAAAUAUCCCAGGAUGCCAAAACCUUAAAGGAGGAACUGAAGCAGAGGAAGAAGAUCAUCACCUCUCAGCAAGCCAUGUUUAGUGCGGGCAUCAGUGCCAAUUACCACAAGUGCCAACACUGUGAGAAAGCCUUCAUGAACCCCUCGUUCCUGCAAAGUCACAUGCAGCGCAGACAUCCAACGGAGUUCGACAUCAAGCUGUUGACAGAUAAUCAGAAAAAAAUUCAGACCAUUAAGUUACAAGAUGAGAUCUACAAACUACAGGAGCAGCUGACACUGGUCACGUCCCAAAUGGAGACACAGCAGAAAGACUACACUGCCAAACAGGAAAAAGAGCUCAUUCAAAGGCAGGAAGAGUUUAAGAGACAGUUGGAAAUAUGGAAGGAAGAUGAAAAAAUACAGAUGAGUAGCAAAAUAGAUGAAGUGAAGCAAGCUUGUCAGCGGGACAUGGAUUCUAUUCACCAAAGGAAUAGAAAUCUAGAAAACGAAGUGCUGAAAUUGAAGCAGAUAAAUAUGCAGGAGAUUACGCAGCCAGUACAGACACAACCCAGUGCACCAGCAAGCAGUGAACACUGGCAGGAAGUUGUUAAACUUCAACAAAAACUCCACAAACAAGAAGUGAAGUGGGUGGGAAAAAUGCAAAAAAUAAAGGAAGAUCAUGACCGUGAAAAAAUUCUGCUUAAGGAGGAACUGUCCAAACUGCGCUCUGCUGUGUCAGAAGGGAGGGUGGAAUCACGGAGACAGGUGCAGGAGCUGAGUCACAGUCUGCAGGAGCAGCAGCAAAUUAUUGCCUCGCAAAACAAGCAGAUGAAGCAGCUUUCAUCAAAGCCACCAACAAUAACAGGACAACGGGAAGUUGUUGCUGCCCUGACUCCUGAGAUUAAAGCUAAAGUGGUGAUCAGUGAGCAGUCCAACUCAGUCCAUAAACUGGAUCCUAUAGUGGAGCUGUCUGAGGAAGAUAAAGAUUCUUCUAGCUUCUCUGAAAGUCAUUCAGAGAGACAUUCAAGGAAACAUGAGGUGGAGGAGCUGUUGAAGAACCCGGGUUUGAAAAGAGACAUGCAUCUGGCAGCUCAGCAGAACCUUGAUGAUAGACUUCUGAGCUUGGGCUUCAAGGGAGUCAGUGGUCUCUCUAAUGGAGUGUAUAAGAACGUCAUGUCUCAGAUAAUCACUGACCGUCAGAAAAGACAGGAAGAGGAUCCAGUGUAUCGGAGGGCUCAGAAAGACAUUAACUGUAAACUGGAACAGAGAGUGAAGGAGAGGAACACAGAGCACCCAGCCAAACCCAAACAACAUGAUCAAGUGAUUCAGUCCAGACCCAGAUCCAGCAGUUUUCCUUCUACAGCUACUUGUGUGGCAUCAGGCCCUGCUCCCAAACAGCAGUACACACCACAACCAGCUCCACGCAACAGAACCAGCUCCCUGCCCAAGACCUCCACACCACUACAGCAUAACAAAACCCCUCCAUUUAGCUCUGAUGAAGAAUCGUCUGAGGAGGAGGAGUCUGAGGAAGAGGCUCUUCAAAUGCAGAAGAAACCUGCCCUUGUCAACAGCACCCCAGUCAAAGUCUCUAAACCACGUCAGCGCUCGUCCCCUCUCGCUUCUGCUGUGCGCUCUGCAGCUCCUGUGAUCAGCUCGAACAGAACACACGUGACUGCUCUGAGCGAGAGUGACAGUGAGUGGACCGAUGGCAGCGAGAUGGAGGAGAUCAACCUCUCACAGCUGCACAAACACACAGACCAGAAUGGAAAUUUGAAGAUAACACACAGUGAUGUUAAAGCUCUUGGCAAAAGUCUGGAAAAACAGCUGGCGAUGCGAGGCCCAAAGAAACCAGCAGGGGGCGUUAAUACAUUCCUUGAAAAAGCAACAGUUGUCAAGAAUACAAAGCAAGAUGUAAAGAAAGAGUACAUAGAUGACGAUGAUGACGAUGACUGGGAUAUGUCCUCUAUGGAGGAUGUGCGCGCUAUACCCAAACACAGCCGAAGCCCCGCCCCAAUCAGGAAGAGCCUGGACAAGAGUCUGGACACCAGCACUAGUGUGUGGGGCUCAUCAACGGGCAAAGGGCAGAAACAUGUUCUCACAGAUGCAGGCACCGGCAGCACUGUCAAGAACAGUUUAGUGACUGUCAGUGACUGGGAUAUCAAAACAUCCACAAGCUAAUACACCUUAUAAUUGUAAUAGAAUAGAAUUGAAAUAAUUCUCAGGCUUAGUCAUUAUUCAGGGACAGCAGUACAAAAACAGCUUUGAUAUUGACAGUGUUAAAGGUACUUUAUAUGAAAAAACAAAGGUACAGGUUUUAUCAACAUUCAGUAGAUAUUGCACUUUAAAAUAAUUGCCUCAUUUUGUUUUAUAUAUAUAUAUAUAGUUUAUUUAUUAGUUGUCUCUCUGAAAUUAAAAUAUUCAGUAUAGCCUCAAAUUGACAAGAUUUUUGUUAUAUGUAAAAUAUUGAUUUAUUAAAUUCAUGCUUUCAGUUUUUUAUUUGUCUUUGCCUUUGCAGUCCAGCACCCCAUGUUAUUAAUCUACUAAACAAGUAGAUUACUCAAAAAUACAAAUUCUGUCAUAAUUGACCCAUUCUCAUAUUGUUUCAAACCCAUUUGACAUUUUGUCUUAUAUUUCUUACUAUCUGUCUUUUUAUUACAAUGGC